AUGUGGCUGCGCUGCCCAGGCCCCGCGGGAGUGGCCGCUGACAGCUCGGGGACACGUGCCCGAGCCCUGUGGCCCCUCGCCCGGACGAGGGGUCUGCAGCCUGGGCUCCAGACAGCUGGCGAGCGCGGGGGUGGGGCCAGCCGGACAGGGUCGGGGCUGCUGGCCGCCACCAGGACGGCCGCGGUGACCUGCAGGCGGGGCCCGGGAGACGGGACUGUCUUGCAGGAAACCUCCACCGACUGCUCUCAAGGGAAGUCGGGGAGACUGGAGCCCCAGAGCGCCCCCCUCCUGGCCCCCAAAGCCGGACACCCCAGGGCGCGCAGCAACUCCAUUAGCGCCAGCCCCUGCGGCCCGGGAGACCUGGGCUUCCCUGGGAGCAGAGAGAGUGCGGCCCCGGCCAGCAGGCGGCCCUACACCCUGUGCGGCGCCCGGAAGGCGCUCUCCCAGCAGCUGGACAGUCCGGCGAGCAGGGCUGGGGGCGUCCCGAGACCCACCCGCUCGCUGAGCUCGGCGCAGCUGGGCCAGGCUGCCGGGCCCCCCCCGGCCUCGGUCAUCUCCAGCGUGGUGCUGAUGAAGGGCCAGGCCAAGGGCCUGGGCUUCAGUAUUGUGGGGGGCGAGGACAGCGUCUACGGCCCCGUGGGGAUCUACGUCAAGACCAUCUUUGCUGGGGGCGCCGCGGCAGCCGACGGCCGGCUGCAGGAAGGUAGGCGUGGCCAGGGGUUGGGGGAGCGGGUCUGUCCCUCCGGGCCUUUCCUGACCCGAGGGGCCAGUGCCGAGGCCCAGCAAGCGCAACCUCCGGUCAGGGAAAGGGGGUUUCUGGUUCUGGAAGCCUGGCUCUCGGCCCCUCCUUCGCCCCGCCCCCUGCAGGCUCUCCGCUCCCCACUCCCUGGCCCAGCGCGCCCCAUUCUGCCUGCAGAGGCCGGCGUGGGGCUGGGCAUCGGCCUGUGCAGCGUCCCCUCCUCUCAGCGCAUCUCGGGCAUCUUCGUGCACACCCUCGCCCCCGGCUCGGUGGCGCACCUGGACGGGCGGCUCCGCUGCGGUGAUGAGAUCGUGGAGGUCAACGCGUCCCCCGCGCACUGCCUGACGCUCAACCAGGUGUACGCCGUCUUGAGCCACUGCGCCCCGGGGCCCGUCCCCAUCAUCGUCAGCCGGCACCCGGACGCCCAGGUGUCCGAACAGCUGUUGCAGGAGGCCGUGGCCCAGGCCGCGGAGCACGGGCAGCUGGGCAGGGACCGGCCCCCGUGGGGCCUGGAAGGUGUCAAAAGACUGGACAGCAGCUGGCACGGGCGGCCGGCCCCGGGGAAGGAGAGAGAGAGGAGCUCGGCGCCGGCGCAGCGUGGGGCCCAGGCCGCGGCCCACUCCAGCAGCGAAGACAGCCACCUGCCGGGGUCCCCCCGGGGCAGCCCCAGCAGCGGCGGCGAGCAGCGGCCCCCGGAGCUGGACGGGGCUGCGCUCGGCGCUGGUCGGCCCGCGGGGCAGGAGCCUCGACAGUGGCCCCCCGCGACGCCCGGAGGGCCUUCGAGGCUGCCCCUGGACAGCCCGCCCCUCCCCGCCGGCCGGGACGGCCCGGCACCCCGGAGGAGGCCGAGGGCCUCUGAGAUUCUGGUGCGAAAGCCCACAUCCUGCAAGCCCAAGCCUCCGCCCCGGAAGUACUUCAAGUGCGACAGCGCCCCGCAGACCGGCCUGGACGCGCCAGGCACGGCCCUCGGCAGCCCCACGCACGCGCUGCCCACCUGCGCCCAGGAAGCCGCAGAGCCGCCUCGGCCCCAGGGGCGGCCGCCGCAGGGGGACCCGGCUGGGGGUGCCCUUCAGGCUGGCCACCGUCCGGGACCCGCGGCAGGGACACCGCCGGCCUCGCCAGGCCCUCCGGGCAGGAGGGGCGCAGGCCCAGGUGGGCAUCCGCCCCGGGAAGGACGGCGCUCGGGCCGGGCCCCAGUGAGGGCGCGGUGCGCGUGGCUGCCCUCGUCGCCGUGGCUGAUGGCCAGCCCUGACCGGGACUGGCCAGGCAGGGUGGGCGGACGAAGGGGCCUUCGGACCCGGCGGCAGGCUCGCGCGGACCAGGGCCCCGACGCCGCCGCCGAGGACCCCUGGGCCCGGAUUUCCGACUGCAUCAAGCACCUGUUCAGCCCCCUCAUGGGCGAGAGCCUCGGCCAGGCGCCCCCGCAGCCCAGCGCCAGCCUGGGAGAGGGGUCCGAAGCACGGGAGGGGGCCCCCGCCUUGCGGGACGCCCUGGGGGGCGCCCCCAGCCUCCCCAAGUCGGCAGAGGGUAGCACGGUGAAGAAGGGCCCCCCCGUGGCCCCCAAGCCAGCCUGGUUUCGCCAAAGCUUGAAGGGCUUGAGGAGUCGGACUUCGGACUCCUGGCGGCUGCCCACCCCGGGCUCCCCUGCGCGGGCAGCCGCCUCCGUCCGGCAGAGGGUCAGCUCCUUCGAGACCUUCGGUGCCUCGCAGCUGCCCGACAGGUGCGCCCAGAGACUCAGCCUCCAGCCCCCCAGCCCCCCGGGGGCGGCUACCAAGCCGCCCGUCUGGGCUCCGGUUCUCUCAGGGCGAGGGGCACCCCCCGAGCCUGAGCCACAGCAGCCGGCACAGGAGCCGCCGCCCCCAGUGCCCCCCGCAGACUCAGAGGCCGGUGUCCCCCAGGUGGAGGGGCCCCCGCCCUCGGGGGGGCAGCUUGGUCAGGCAGCCCGAGGCCCUGGCCCGGAUCCCCCCUCGAGGCCGUUCUGUGCGCUGCCCCGGGCCAAGCUGCCUGGCCAGCGGGCGCACAGCCUGCCCCUGGUGGGCAGCCGGGCGGCCAGUGGGGGGCCGGGCCAGGAUGCUGGCGGGCUGCACGCCAUCAGCAGCCAGGUGUCCUCGGCUGUCAUGAGGUCCCUGCUGGGCCUGCCCACCGCCCCCUCAGGGGCCCUCAGCCCAGGCAGCCCCCCGCAUGGGGCCUUGCCGGCCAGCGAGGACCCAGGGGCCCCCAGCACGGCAGACAACCCUUCCCUGGACACGGGCUUCUCGCUCAGCCUCUCGGAGCUGCGGGAGUAUACGGAGGGCCUGGCAGAGCCCGUGCUGGCCGGCGCCCGGGGCCCCCGCCCCCCGCCAUCGGGCCAGUCUGUCCUCUCCUUGCUGGGCGCCGAGGAGCUGAAGGAGCUCGUCGAGGAGGUGAAGGGCCUGGACGAGGCCGCGCUGAAGGUCAGUGCUGCCCACCCAGGGUGUCCCGGGACACGCGCCCCCACCGGCCACCGUCUGCAGCCGCCCGGCCUACCCUUCAGUGUCCUGCGUCGUCCUAGGCCGGGCCCUGGGGCUCCCCUCACCCCGUGGCAGUCCCCGGCUUGGGGCGCACGUCGGGGCCCAGGAGCGCCCGCGGCCCACUCUGUCCGGCCAGCCCACCUCCGUGUGCUGCAGUGCCCAGGGGCCUGGGGAGGGAGGGCUGCGGCCCCGCGGCCAGGGUGGCUUGGGCAGGCCCUGGGCGGCCGAGGCUGCGCGUGGCGCCUGGCCCGCCAGUGGGAGGCUUUGCCUGGGUCCGGCCAGAAGUGCUCUGUGCGGCCCCGCCUGGUGUCUGCUGACCGGGCCAGCAGGGAGCAGCGGCGGAAGAGAAGUGGGCAAGGGGCCCGCCGUGGAGGCCUGGCCAGCGGUGACCGCCAGGCCGCCGCCCCCCCUUCCCGCCCUCUCGCAGGGGUGUUCCCGGAGCAGACAGAGCCGGUCCAGCCUGGAGACCAGAUCCUGCAGCUGGCGGGCACGGCCGUGGGGGGCCUCACGCGGCUGGAGGCCUGGACCGUCAUCAAGGCCCUGCCCGAUGGGCCCGUGCAGGUGGUGGUCAGGAGGGGCCUCCCGCCCCCAGGGCCCCCGGCAUCCGGCGUGCCCUAGGCUGCGCUGGACUCAUGGACAGAUGCCGCGGCCGGCGGCGCCGCACUGCCCGGAGAGACCUGCCCCGGCCGCCGGCUGGAGGCCCAGGGCCCCGCCGCUGCCCACCCCCGCUGUCCCCGGAGAGGCCCCGUGUGCUGCAAAUAAACGGACUCCAAGCGCA